AUGAAAAAUUUCGUUCUUCUAAUUUGUCUGUUACUCUGCAACGUCAUCCAUAACGCACAACUGACGCCGUCGGCGCCUCAGAGGCCCGAUGUGCCGUACAAUUGGCUCACCUUGGCAUUCGUUGGCAGUCAUGACUAUCAACCGAGACCUCAUUUUCAUCAUGCUGAAAAGGAGUAUUUUAAAGAAAUUUGCCGGCGGCUCGAUGGCUUGAAUCCAGCGCAGCAAGCGAUUUGCGCCGAAAACCCAUUUUCUAUACCAUUCAUCGCAAAAGGAAUACGAGAGGCUAUUCGAGAAUGUGAAGAUAAAUUUAAAUAUGAAAGAUGGAAUUGCUCAUCGCGCGAUGAAGUCACCGAAACGAAGCACGGAAAAUUCCAAGACAUUCUCGGAAAGACAUUUCGCUCGUCCAACAAAGAAGCCGCUUUUCUAACAGCCAUUAUGUCGGCAACAAUUGUUCAUUCGAUCACAAAAGGGUGCAAUACUGGAAAUUUGACGGACUGCGGAUGCGAUAGCAAACCGGGAAUGCAGCGGUAUACUGCUGAAACAGAUGCGUCGAUGAGCCGAGAUCAAUUCUCAUGGGGUGGAUGCUCGGAUAAUGUGCCUUAUGGAAUUCGAUACGCAAGAAGAUUUAUUGAUGAAUGGGAGCAAAAGCAAUUCGACGAAACAAAAAAUGUUGGGCAUCUUGUUCGCAAGCAUAAUAGUUUUGUUGGCAGAGAGGCUAUUGCUCAGAAUAUUCGACGCCAGUGCCGUUGCCAUGGCGUGUCGGGUUCAUGCGAAUUCAAAACGUGCUGGCUGCAGAUGCCGAAAUUCUCGCAAGUCGCCGAUCUGCUCAAAAAGCGCUACGAUCACUUCGCUGUUCAGGUCGAGCUCGAGCAUGUGACACGAAAAGCGCACAAACGGCUUCGGAGGAAGGAGCGAAGCGAGAGGAAGAUCCCGUUGCGUGGAAAUGAAAUGGCCUACGUUCAUCGAUCGCCGUCGUAUUGCGAGCAAAACAUCACUGCAGGCAUCCUUGGAACUUCUGGCAGAGAAUGUCGCCAUAAUUCUUACAAUUCGGAAAGUUGUGAUCUACUUUGCUGCGGUAGAGGCUACAAUACAAGACUUGAGGUCCGUGAAAUGCAAUGCGAAUGCAAAUUCGUUUGGUGUUGUGAGGUGAAGUGCAAAACAUGCACCGAAGAGGUCGCAGUGCACACUUGCAAAUGA